AAUUAACAAGGCGAAUAAUGUGGUAAUUUUAAUGUUUUCUAAAUAUAUAAUUUUCUUACGGGAAAGAUGAAGCUGUAAGCUUAAAUGACUGCAUAUAUAUACUUAAAAUCCCUUGAUUGAGAUGGAUGAGAGGUGUUUUAUAUACAAGUCUUGCUGAACCUCAUCUCUGGAUAUGCUGAAACAUAAUGAAUAUGAAGACACCCAAGUCUCUUGAAGACAGCUACAUGUGAUUACGUUCACAUCACGCAUCACAGUCAGUUGAUAAAAUGGCUCACCGAAGUGGAAGGUCGGGUCCCAAGAUUAUCCGUUCGGCACGAAGGUUCAUAAACAGGAAAUUUGGAAGUGUCAAGCAGUUUCUAGCCAUCGUUUUCUGUGUGUGCGUUAUCAUCUACUGUAUACAUCUUAUCCUGUCUGAAUCAAAUCGUCAAAUAUGGGAUGUUCGUGGUGACUUGAAUUUAUCAGAUUCUCGAUGUGGGGUCAAGUGUGAACCAAAUCAAGUGGCAUUUUACAUUCGAACUGGCGAGGGAAACAAGCUUGGACCAACGAUAUGCUUAGAGGGAGAAGUGUUAAUUAGUCCUGAGUUGAAAAACUAUGGACGUGGCUUGAAUAUUGUUAGCGUGAAUGAUAAAACUUUGGAAGUGACAAACAUCAAAACAUUUGACACAUAUCUUGAAGAUACUGGCCUGAUUCGCUUUCUGAAAAAAACAGUUCCACAGGAUCAUAUCGUACUGAUAGCCAGUUUUGACGAGAGCUCGGGGAAUUUGAAGGAAGAUGGCAAACAAUGGCUGAAGCUCUAUGGCAGUGGAUUGGCUGAUAACGUGCAGUUCAGAGAUGGCUUACUUAUGAUUGGUCAGAAAGGUCUCCAUGAAGGAAAUGCCGUGGAAUUUUUAAGCAAGAGGGAGAAUGGACAGGAUUUUGCAAAUGUUGUUGAAAAGGCUGGUUGCUUUUCUGUGCCAAUGGGAUCGAAAAGAAGUCUACAGGUGAUGUUGCCCAAGAUAAUCCGAGGGUCCAAUCUCAUGAUGGGACAGGUAGUCCCGAACUGUGGAGUCCAGGAGUCAUGUGGUCCUCGCAUGUUUCCCGUCAGUGUGUUCACUGGACACGGCAACGAGAAACAGCCGGAAAUCUGUGUCAGUGGGAAAAUCGUGAUGUCUGAAACAGUAAAUGAUGCAGGACGAGGGUUUAACGUGGUUGUGGUUGAUCACAAGACUGGGAGAGCCACAAUGCUCACUAGAGUGGACACAUAUACAUAUGACAGUACCGAUCUGGAAAUAUUUCUGGAAUCACUGGCUGAUGGAAAUAUUGUUAUUGCUGUUGUUGCUGAUGAUGGGGCCAAGAAACUGAGCUACAUGGCACAGGAACUGCUGAACAAGCUGGGUAGCGGUCUCAUUCAGAACCUCCGCUUCAGAGACGUCUGGUACUUCGUGGGGCAGAAAGGCAUACAGGGCUUCACAAAGAUGGAAAUGAUCAGUUAUGCUGGCUUUGAAGGAGAAUGGCCUAAAGCACUGAAAGCUGCAUUUUGUGUACCAACGAAAAUUAUUGGCCAAGCAAUAGUUCCUGACCCGGAUGUAAUACGAAAUGACGCCCGACGUAAUUUCUGUAAGAAAUACGAUGGAUAUUUUGAAUACUGUGAUCCCUCACAUGUUGAUGAAUUCCCCAAGACGGUGCGAGUGAUUGACCAGGCUUUUAGUGAACAUCCCAUCUUCUCUGUUCCCAUUGUGGUGGUUCCAGGCCUCAACCACAAUGCACUUGUUCGUUCGCUGGAAACAACACUGAUGCAACCAGGCAUUCAACCUAACUUGGUUUGCGUGUUGUGGGAUGAAAAGUUUCCAGAACAUGGUGAAUUAGCUUUCUUAUAUGGCUUCAGCAACUUUAGUCUUCCAAGCAGUACCAAAUACUCAGAGCAAAUGGUCAAAGCAUUAAGAAAAAUUGAAGAUUUGCAUCCAGAUUCUGAGUAUGUGAUUGUGUUGGAGGAAGAACUGCUUCUGGCACCAGAUUUCCUGCACUUCAUGGCUCAGUUCCUCGACGUCCUAAACUCCGAUUCAUCACUACUGGGCGUGUCGGCAUGGAACUACAAUAGUUACGAGGUGCUAGCUGGCAACAGGCAUGCAGUCUACAGAGUUGAAGAGUUUCCUGGUCUUGGGUUUCUGCUCAGUCUGAAAUACUUGAAAUCUGUCCUGGCUUCCUCGCUUGACAAAUGCUGCAAUACAAGAUCGUGGCAUGGCUGGGACCUAGGUGACCAGAUGAAGGCUGAGAUCCUUAUUCCUGAUAUCUCUAGAGUGUUCCGACAGCGCUACCAGGGAACUGACGGUGAUGAGGACUUAAUUCAGCAGCUCUUUCACAAACCACGGGCCACCAAUCUUGAGCCGUCAGUAAAGCUAGAAGGCCUGAACAACCUGACAGCAGAACUUUACGAGGAAUACUUAAACCUGGCUCUGGCUAACAGUGUCAGCUUCCCCACCAGUGACCUGAGGCAGUGCUUGCAAUACAACAAAGCCUUCAAACCAGAGCUUCCCAACGAAUCCAGGCAUGUGUUUGUCGUGUACUACGAACAGGAGAACCCAGAAGACUACGAAUUACUGAGGAAACUCUGUCAUUGUUUUGGCUUGUUCUCUGUUAAAAACCACAAACCAAAGAAUCUUCACAACGGAUUACUAAGGUUUUUCUAUCAUGGCCUCAAUGUGUUUCUGGUGGGCUCAGCCACCGAGUAUUACCAACACAAACCGUCUCUGGUGACUGGCCUGAAGAAGAAUCUCAUCUCUCCAAUCUAGUCUCUUGUGAUGAUUUUAUUAAAGUUAAUAAUUUACA